CAACGUAUGAAGAAUGGAUGCAGGAUAAAUACUCUCAUUUCCAGUCUCCUAUUUAUUGAAUAUUGUUAUUGUAUUAAGUAUUGAAGUGAAGUAAAAAAUUGGAAACUAUCUCUUUUCUAACAAAGAAAAAGAAAUAUAAAAAGCUUAGUAAUUUAGUAUACAUAAAAAUUAGAAUAGAAAGAGAGUUCUUUUUCUUAAUCUCAUGAACAAGAUCUAAGAAUCUAUUUAGUUGAUGGAAAAGGAUGGGGGCAGGUCUAAGGAUCAACCGGUAGUGGGCGAGGGGAUUGCUUUUUCCUUGAACAGUUCUUUCAAAAAACGAAUACAUCUGAUUGAUGAGUCAUAACAAGACAAUUCAUGAUUCAUAUGCUUAAUAAUAAGUAAGGAAUAAUCAAUUUCAAUUCAUGAAUUUACCUGGGUGGUCAAUUUAUGGGCCAAUCCAAUAAAGGAUUUUUAUCUUCGAAACCCAUUGUAUUGUAAGGGGUAGUGCACGAGAAAAAAAUCAUGCAGAAAUGAUUGACUCUUUGGACGCCCCGAAAAUACUAUGAGGUGUUCGGAAAUGGUCGAAGUAGUUGAAUAGGAGGAUUACGAUGACUAUUGCCCUUGGUAAAUUUACCAAAGACGAAAAUGAUUUGUUUGAUAUUAUGGAUGACUGGUUACGUAGGGACCGUUUCGUUUUUGUAGGCUGGUCCGGCCUAUUGCUCUUUCCUUGUGCCUAUUUCGCCGUAGGGGGUUGGUUCACGGGUACAACCUUUGUAACUUCAUGGUAUACCCAUGGAUUGGCCAGUUCCUAUUUGGAAGGCUGCAAUUUCUUAACUGCCGCAGUUUCUACUCCUGCUAAUAGUUUAGCACAUUCUUUGUUAUUACUAUGGGGUCCUGAAGCACAAGGAGAUUUUACUCGUUGGUGUCAAUUAGGCGGUCUGUGGACUUUUGUUGCUCUCCACGGCGCUUUCGGACUAAUAGGUUUCAUGUUACGUCAAUUCGAACUUGCUCGAUCUGUUCAAUUGCGACCUUAUAAUGCAAUCGCAUUCUCUGGUCCAAUUGCCGUUUUUGUUUCUGUAUUCCUGAUUUAUCCACUAGGUCAGUCUGGUUGGUUCUUUGCGCCUAGUUUUGGUGUAGCAGCUAUAUUUCGAUUUAUUCUCUUUUUUCAAGGAUUUCAUAACUGGACAUUGAAUCCAUUUCAUAUGAUGGGAGUUGCCGGUAUAUUCGGCGCUGCUUUGCUAUGCGCUAUUCAUGGUGCUACCGUAGAAAAUACUUUAUUUGAAGAUGGUGAUGGCGCAAAUACAUUCCGUGCUUUUAACCCAACUCAAGCUAAAGAAACUUAUUCAAUGGUCACUGCUAAUCGCUUUUGGUCCCAAAUCUUUGGGGUUGCUUUUUCCAAUAAACGUUGGUUACAUUUCUUUAUGUUAUUUGUACCAGUAACUGGUUUAUGGAUGAGUGCUCUUGGAGUAGUCGGUCUGGCCUUGAACCUACGUGCCAACUCGGUAUCGUCAAGAAUAUUCCUGACUAUUGCAUGGGAACAGAAAGAAAGUUCUACAAAACCAAAGGUUUCUGAGACUGAAAAGUCAUCAUCUUCAACCAAGAAGAUGUAUGUGCCUUUGGAUUUGUAUGAGAAACUUCAGAAACAAAAAUCAACUUCUGUAAAGAAGUAUGUGGAGAAGAAAGACCAAUCAUCUGGUCAACCUCCGAAAAAGGAUGUUUCUUUAUACAAAGAGGUUGAGAUUGGGUCUGAGGAGAAUUUGCUGAUGAACGACAAAAUUUUCCACCACUAUACACAACAACAACUCACAUCUACGUCAAGUUACCCAAGUCAAAGGAGGCUUGGGUAG